CCCCGACCUGCGCCGCGGCCCCGCGACCGCGCCGUGUCGGUCGCGAAGACCCGCGCGGUCCGUGUGGAAGCGCCGUCGUCGAGCCCGUCGGUCCGCGCACCCGCACCCGCACCCGCACACGCGCCCCGCCUCGCCCGCCGGGGUCCCGCCGCGCGCUCGGUCGCGGGCUGCCGGCGGAGGGGCGCGGAGGCCCGGGUGCGGGGCGCGGCCGCCCGCAGACAGACGCUCCGGCACGCGCUGGGCCCCGCGGUGCGACGGCCUUUCGGCUGCGAGCGGCCUCGGGGCGAUUCGGCUCCGUCCCGGGCAGCGACCGGUCCGCCAAGCCGGACCCCUCGGGGUCGUCCCCUCGUUAAGGGACGAGCGCGCCCACCGGGCCAGGGGGUCGGGUCUGCCCGACGCGGGUCCGACGCGGGGACGGUCCCGCCGCGGGGACUCCGCCUCGGAGCGCAGCCGCCGCCGCCGGAACGAGCGUUUCUGCCUUUGGUCGAGGGUCUCCGACGGGCGCGGGGCGGACCGGCCCUGCUGGGUAAGACGCGGCCGCCGCCGGGCCGGCCCGGUUCCGCCUCGGAAACGGGACCAGGAGCAGAGCCCGGACGGAAAGCGCUCGGCCUCGGGCCGAUUAAAGAACAAAAAAUUGUGGUGGAUGAACUUUCUAACCUGAAGAAGAACAGGAAAGUAUAUAGGCAGCAACAGAACAGCAACAUAUUCUUUCUUGCAGACCGAACAGAAAUGCUUUCUGAAAGCAAAAAUAUAUUGGAUGAACUGAAAAAAGAAUAUCAAGAAUUAGAAAACUCAGAGAAGACCAAAAUCAAGAAAGAGUCAACUUGAUUUCACAUAACAAUGUGUGGCAUUUGUUGUUCUGUGAGCUUUUCUGUUGAGCAUUUCAGCAAAGAUUUGAAAGAGGAUUUAC